CCGGUGUCGGUGCUCCCGCAGAACCUGAAGAAGAGCUGGCACCCGCAGACGCUGCGCAAUGUGGAGAAGGUGUGGAAAGCCGAGCAGAAGUAUGAGGCCGAGCGGAAGAAGAUCGAGGAGCUGCAGCGGGAGCUGCAGGAGGAGCGAGCCCGUGAGGAGAUGCAGCGAUACGCUGAGGACAUGGGCACCGUCAGGAAAAGAGAAGAGAAGUUGGAGUGGAUGUACCAGGGUCCUGGAGGUAUGGUGAACAGAGAGGAGUAUCUUAUGGGUCGCCCCGUGGACAAAUACGUCUUUGAGAAGACCGAAGACAAGGAUGCAGGCUGUUCCAAUGAGACAGGACUUCUCCCAGGGUCCAUUUUUGCCAAGACAGGUGCCAAUUCUGUCCUGGAUAUGGCAAACAAAAUCCGUGAGGAUCCGCUUUUCAUGAUAAGAAAGAGGGAGGAGGAAAAGAAGAGAGAAGUUUUGAAUAAUCCUGUUAAAAUGAAGAAAAUCAAAGAAUUGCUGCAAAACAGUUUAGAUAAAAAGGAGAAGAAGAAGAAGAAAGAGAAGAAGAAGAAGCACAAGAAACAUCGACGGCGCAGUUCUAGCAGUGAAAGUGACAGCAGUGAUGAGGAGCGAAGCAAAAAUAAGUCUCAGAAGAGGUUGAACAGUUCCUCCUGGAAACCUGCUGCUUCCAAAGUCCCAGGAUACGGCUUACAAGUCAGAGACUCCGACCAGAGCCGCAGGUCUCGGAGCUCUCCAGCUGCCGGCCAGGAGAGGGCCCCCCACAAGCACCGGGAUCGCUCCCGGUCCAGGAGCCCGUCCCGCUCUCCGCAGAGACGCUCUAGCAAGAAGAACUCGGAACAAUCUGGGUGCAGGGGCUCACGGUCUCCUUCCAGACACAGUAAACUACAUAGCAAUCGGGAGGAGAAGGGGCGAGCUAGAAGCCCUUCCCCUAAAAAGAGCUAUCGGCGGCAGCAUGCUCCGGGCUACACCAGGAAGAUCUCUCCAGAGGAGCUGGAGCGUAAACGCCAGGAAAUGAUGGAAAAUGCCAAGUGGCGGGACGAGGAGAGGGCAAACAACCUCAGGAAACACCGAAAGGAGGAGGAGCUGGAGCGAGAACUGGAGAAACUGGACUCCCGAGAUGGGAAGUUCUUCAGUCGCUUAAAACUAGAGAGCGCAGCUACUUCCACCCUAGAAGACCGGGUGAAACGCAAUAUCCACUCCCUGCAGAGAACUCCCGCUGCCUUGGAAAAAAACUUUAUGCAGAGAUGA